AUGGAUCCCAAGAACCUCGAGAAGCAGCGUGAGCCAGAGGAGCCGCGCUUCCUCAGCUUCCCACACCUGCCUGAAGGCGCAAAGCAGGAAGAUGGCACACCGGCGCUGAACAGAUGGUCGUCCACCCUAACCACCGGCCACAACUUCCCAGGAGCCCAGGCUAUGCUGUACGCAGCUGGUGUCCCGAACAAGGAAGCCAUGAAGACGUACCCUCAAGUUGGCAUUGCAAGUGUGUGGUGGGAGGGCAAUCCAUGCAACACGCACUUGCUCGGAUUGGGCAAGGAGAUCAAGAAGCACAUUGAGCAGGACAAGAUGCUUGCAUGGCAGUACAACACUGUGGGCGUAUCUGACGGCAUCACAAUGGGUGGAGAAGGCAUGCGUUUCUCCCUCCAAACCCGUGAGAUAAUAGCAGACAGCAUCGAGACCGUCACUUGCGCCCAGCACCACGAUGCCUGCAUUGCGCUGCCCGGGUGCGACAAGAACAUGCCCGGUGUGAUUAUGGCAUUCGCUCGACACAACCGGCCCUCAAUCAUGGUGUACGGCGGUUCCAUCAUGCCCGGCUACUCAGAAACGCUGAGGAGACCAAUCAACAUCUCGACGUGUUACGAGAAGCACGGUGCAUACAUCUACAAGAACCUCGAGAGUGCAGAGCCUGGCAAGUUCUCGCCCGACGAGAUCAUGGAGGACAUUGAGAAGAAUGCUUGUCCAGGAGCCGGCGCAUGUGGUGGCAUGUACACUGCCAACACCAUGUCGACAUCUAUUGAAGCCAUGGGGCUCACCCUCCCCAACUCGUCCACCACCCCCGCCGAAUCUCCUGCAAAGAUGCGCGAAUGUGCCAAAGCCGCAGCUGCAAUCCGUGUCUGUAUGGAGAAGAAUAUCACACCGCGCAAACUUUUAACGAAGGCGUCCUUUGAGAAUGCUCUGGUCAUGAUGAUGGUGCUCGGCGGCUCCACCAACGCGGUCCUGCACCUGCUCGCCAUGGCAGGCACCGCGGGCGUUCCGCUGACCAUCGACGACUUCCAGCGCGUCAGCAACAAGAUCCCGUUCCUCGCAGACCUCGCACCCUCGGGUCAAUUCAUGGCAGCCGAUCUAUUCGACAUCGGCGGCAUGCCAGCCGUCAUGAAGCUCCUCAUCGCCGCCAACCUCCUCGACGGUUCCAUCCCCACUGUAACAGGAAAGACGCUGGCCGAGAACGUCGAACCCUACCCCUCGCUCCCCCAAGACCAAGUCCUCAUCCGCCCGCUCAGCAAUCCCAUCAAACCAACCGGCCACAUUGAGAUCCUGCGCGGCAACCUCGCGCCCGCCGGCGCCGUGGCCAAGAUCACCGGCAAAGAAGGCCUGCGCUUUACAGGCAAAGCCAUCGUCUUCAACAAAGAGCACGAGCUCGAUGCCGCCUUGAACGCAGGCGAGAUCCCGCACGGCGAGAACGUCGUCGUCGUCGUCCGCUAUGAAGGCCCCAAGGGCGGACCCGGUAUGCCCGAGCAGCUCAAGGCCAGCGCCGCCAUCAGGGGCGCAAAUCUCACCAACGUCGCGCUCAUCACCGACGGUCGCUACUCUGGCGCUAGUCAUGGCUUUAUCGUCGGCCACGUGUGUCCCGAGGCUGCCGUCGGUGGGCCGAUUGCUGUGGUCAGGACCGGCGACGUUAUUACGAUUGAUGCCGAGAAACAUCGGAUUGAUAUGCAUGUUAGCGAUGAAGAGAUUGUGCAGAGGUUGAGCGAGUGGAGGCCUCCCAGUAUGCCCGUCACGAGAGGUGUGUUGGCCAAGUAUGCGCGGUUGGUGGGCGACGCAUCGCAUGGUGCUAUGACGGAUCUUUUCUAG